CAGAUCAAGUUCAUUAAUUCUCUUGCUUUUCCUUACACUCACAACACCAAACACAAUAUGGCUGGUGCAAGAUCAAAGGCUGAUGUUACCUCUCCUCUCAGAUAUGAUGAACGCUUACGAAUUCUUGAGGCUGCCACAGAGAAGAUGAGGAAGGAGGGUGCACUUGAUUCAAACCUGAACCUUGGUGUGAUAGCUUCUCGAACCGUGAACUAUGAUCGCCCUGAGCUUGAGCUUCUUGUUCGACUUGCUCAAGGUAAUGCUCUAUCCACACAACUGUUGAGAAACAGAGGAGAUCCCACUACUCAAGGUUUGAAGCUGACAAUUGGAUGUGAAACCUGCAAGUGAGAAUGAAAGCUCUAGCUCUUCUCCAUGAUGCUGCUGGCGAGGAAAGACAGAGGACUAGGUCGUAUAUCAAGAAAGAAGACAAAUUAUACUCUACUGAUAUGGGUUUGAUGCAUAUACUACUUUAUUGUAUGGUGAUAAUAUCAUCUGAUGCAUAUAGUUUAAUUAAUGUCUGGUACGUAC